AUGGUUGUUGAGAAUGGCCUUGAUGGCUGGCUGCGGUAUGCAGCAUUGCCGGAUGAGAUCCGUCACAAGCACCGGCCUUAUUCGAGUAUCGUUGCCCUCGAGAACGCCGAGACAAGUCCGGUGUACACGGCAGCCAAGGAGCUCCAGGACGGUCUGGACAGGAUCCUGGGCCACAAAGUCGACAUCACGUUCACGUUGAGCAACACGGCGAAUCCAGCCAUCGUGGUCGGAACCUUGCAUGCAUUUUCCACAGCUGGGGGAAGCAUCGAUAAAAUUCCCGAGCUGAAGGAAGACGGAUUCUGGCUCAGCACCAAGGGCGACGCCGUGCAGAUCCUCGGUCAAAAUGAGCGGGGGGCAUUGUACGGUGCCUUUGAAUUCCUGAUGAUGCUGGCGCAGGGCAACUUCUCGCCAGUCGCAUACGCCAGCAACCCGAGCGCUCCUAUCCGAUGGGUGAACGAGUGGGACAAUAUGGACGGAAGUAUAGAGAGAGGCUACGCCGGCCCCUCGAUAUUCUUCCACAAUGGGAAGAUUCUGGACGAUCUGAGCCGUGCUGCCCAGUACGCCCGUCUCCUGUCGUCGAUUCGAAUCAAUGGGGUGGUGGUAAACAAUGUUAACGCAAACCCAAUCCUUCUCAAACCUGCCAACUUGCAAGGUCUGCGUCGGAUUGCAGAUAUCAUGCGGCCGUGGGGGAUACGAAUCGGCAUCUCCCUUUACUUCGACUCGCCGCGGGACCUGGGCGGCCUGCCCACCUCGGAUCCGCUAGACCCUGCCGUGGUCGAGUGGUGGAAGGAUAUAACGGACCAGGUCUAUCGUCACGUCCCCGAUUUGAUCGGGUAUCUGAUCAAAGCCAACUCCGAAGGGCAGCCAGGCCCGCUGACGUAUAAUCGCACGCUAGCAGAUGCAGCCAAUAUGUUUGCUCGGGCUCUCAAACCCCACGGUGACGGCCUUGUUAUGUACCGAGCCUUUGUGUACAACCACCACUUGGACGAGUCGGAGUGGAAGAACGACCGGGCUAAUGCAGCGGUGGAGUACUUCAAGGACCUGGAUGCCGAAUUCGACGAUAACGUGGUCGUGCAGAUCAAGUUCGGACCCAUCGAUUUCCAGGUCCGCGAGCCCCCCUCGCCGUUGUUGGCUCAUCUGCGCAAGACCAAAGCCGUGAUUGAAUUCCAGGUCUGCCAGGAGUAUAUGGGUCAACAGUCUCACGCGGUCUACAUGGCACCAUUGUGGAAGACAAUUCUGGACUUUGAUCUCCGGGUUGACGGCAAGUCGUCGCUGGUCCGUGAUAUCGUCUCUGGCGAGCGUUUCGGCUGGACGCGAAGCGGGUAUGCCUCGGUGGUCAAUGUCGGCAACGACCCAACCUGGCUCGGACACCAUCUGGCCAUGUCAAAUCUGUAUGCGUAUGGUCGUCUGACCUGGGACCCGUUAGCAGAUCCAGCCACGAUGGUAGAGGAUUGGACGCGGCUGACCUUUGGUCUCGACAAGACCGUCGUCGACACCAUCACGAAGAUCUCCAUGGAAUCGUGGCCGGCAUACGAGAAUUACAGCGGUAAUCUUGGCAUCCAGACCUUGUGCGAUAUAAUAUACACACACUUUGGCCCGAGUCCUGGCUCACAGGAUGGAAACGGAUGGGGUCAAUGGACGCGCGCCAAUGCACACGCUAUCGGCAUGGAUCGAACCGUCGCAACUGGCACUGGGAACUCAGGCCAAUACCCGCCGGAGGUGGCGGCAGUGUUCGAGAACAUUGAAACAACUCCGGAUGAGUUGCUGCUCUGGUUUCACCAUGUGCCGUACACCCAUCGCCUGAAGUCAGGAAAGACGGUCAUCCAGCACUUCUAUGACGCACACUAUGCCGGUGCAGCGACUGCGCAGACUUUCCCGACCCAAUGGGCCGCUCUGAAAGGCCUGAUUGACGACGAUCGAUACAAUCAUGUCGCAUUCCGCCUCGCCUACCAAGCUGGCCACUCAAUCGUCUGGCGAGACGCCGUCAAUGGCUUCUACAAGACCAAAAGUAGCAUUGCGGAUGAGGCUAACCGAGUGGGUAACCACCCGUGGCGGAUCGAGGCAGAGGACAUGGAAUUGGACGGAUACCAGGUCGUGGCUGUCACGCCAGUUGAGACCGCGUCCGGCGGCAAAGCCAUUAUCACAACGUCCCAGAGCCACCCGGGCAUCGCAAAGACCACGCUGAAAUAUCCCUCCGGCACGUACGAUAUCGCAGUCAACUACUACGACCACCUUGGAGGCCGAUCCAAGUUCGAGCUCUUCCUCAACAACCAGACGAUCGGCCGAUGGACUGGUGACCUUGAGGACAAGCUUGGGCAUGACUUUUCAAAACUCCUCGACGGUCACUCCGCAACGCGUAUAACCUUCCCAGGUGUCCAAGUCGGAAAAGGUGAUGUUCUCAAGGUUGUGGGCCAGCCUGAUGGGACUGAGCGCGCGCCCAUCGACUAUGUCUCCAUUUUGCCACAGGGUAUUGUGGAUUAA